AUGCCUGCUGAGGUGGAAGAACGUUGUAUUGAGAACUCGGCUGAGGAACGUAGAAUGAUGAAGACGGCUGAUUUGAGUCGAGUUUAUCAGCUGAACUUGAUCGAGAAGUUUUUGAUAGGUCUCUAUCCACGGUCCUGGACCUGUUACGAUGUGAAGGCCCUUGGGAUCAAAGUCAUUAUUCGACAAGUUUCACCGGUCCUGCCAAACAACUACGAGGAUUCGAGUCUUCCUGUGACCUGCUUUGUUGUGACGGUUCAAAAUGAUAGCGCAGACGAUCUUGAAGUAUCAAUUGCUUUCACGUUUCGUAAUGGCACCGGCAAUCGUCGAUGGGAGAAUGAGUCGGAGUGCACAUUUGCGAGAUUCACAGAUGGAAAUGUUACUGGGGUGACGUUAGCUCACACGAUUUCACAACUGCCUUGUACAUAUGGUUUGGCAACGUCGUCUGAUGCAUCUUCUUCAAGUCAAAUCACGGUUUGCCAUAGGUUUGAUCCAUCAAAAUCGGGUAGCGCAGUGUGGGCAUCACUGCUGGAAUCUGGUGAUCUUCCCGUGCAGGAUAAUGAGUAUUCGUCGAACUGCGUCGAAUUGGCCGUCGGUGUAUGUAAUCGCUUCCAAGUGGCAGCAAAUAGCUCUCAAACGAGGGACUUUGCAUUGUCUUGGGAUAUGCCAGAUGUCACAUUCGGCGGAUCUGGACGCUGGUAUAAGAGACGAUAUGCUCGAUUUGUUCGAGGCGCUUCUUGCUUGUGUGCUCGUGCAAUAAGACGACGAGAGGAAUGGGAAAAAGCACUGGAUGAGUGGCAAAAUCCUAUUCUUGAACAUCCCCUACUACCCGAAUGGUACAAAUCAGCCAUAUUCAACGAACUGUACUUUAUGACUGAUGGAGGAUCGUUGUGGUUUGAAUUCGACGAUAACUGGUCCAAAAGCGAAACUCACUUGAGCGACUACACGACGGGUCUUAUGCGAAAUUUUGGUCGAUUUGGAUAUCUAGAAUCUUGGGAAUAUCGCAUGGUGAAUACUUACGACGUUCACUUCUAUGCUUCCUUUGCUUUGGCUCAAUUGUGGCCAAAUAUUGAGCUAACGGUUCAGGCGGAGUUCACUGACCAUAUUGAACAUUCUGUGGAAACUAACAUAACGUUUCACAUGGAAGGCGAUGUAGCAAGGCUGAAAACUAGCAGUCGAGUUCCACAUGAUUUAGGAAACCCAGCUGACGAGCCAUGGCUAUGUACAAAUGCCUAUGUAAUGCAUGAUACGGGUAAAUGGAAGGAUCUCAAUCUAAAAUAUGUGCUCACAUCAUGGCGAGACCAUGUUGCGUUACCUCGAUUGCCAGGAGAUAUGUCAUUCCUUGAGCAUGCGUGGCCAGCAGUACAGAAGUUGAUGUCGGAAGCGCUCCAAGAGUGGGAUCAAGAUUCUGACGGAAUGAUUGAGAACUUUGGAAAAGCCGACCAGACCUAUGAUGCGUGGCGAAUGGAAGGCGUGAGCGCAUACUGUGGUUCUCUUUGGCUGGCCUCGCUACGUGUUGCGGCAGAAAUGGCUCGUACUCUCGGUUAUGGAGAGAGCGAAAAGCUGUAUAUGACAACAUUGGCCAAGGCAAAGAAGGUGUUCAUUGAAAAAUUGUGGACUGGAUCAUACUUUCGAUUCUGCGAGAGAUCCCGAAGUCGUGAAUCGAUUAUGGCUGAUCAGUUAUGUGGCGUGUGGUUUUUGCAAUCAGUGUCACCUCACCUGGCAGCUGAUGUGUUGCCAAACCAUAUGGUGCGUUCAGCUCUUAAAACAAUAUACGAUUACAAUGUUUGUCGAUUUGCUGGUGGGAAAAUGGGAGCUGUGAAUGGAAUGCGACCAGAUGGCCGUGUUGACAGAGAGUACAUUCAGGCUGAUGAAGUCUGGACAGGGGUAACGUAUGCUGUGGCAGCGUUUCUACUGCAGUUAGGUGAAGUCGAUCAAGCGUUCCAUACUGCUUCUGGCUGUUAUGAUGCUUGUUUUGAACGAGCCGGCUUACAAUAUCAAACACCGGAGGCGUUGUAUGAAACCAGAUUUUACCGUGCAAUCGGCUAUAUGCGCCCUUUGAGCAUCUGGGCAAUGCAGUGGGCAAUUCAGCGCCACUCUGAUCUGAAUCCACCGAAAAUUCCUGUUAUUCCUGUUGUGGUCUCUACACAGAAGCUUCUUUCAACACGCAUUUGCGAGGAUUCUGCCAGUGAAGGCUAUAAUACAAGCGAUGAAAGAGAUUCGGAAGCCACGAGCAGCAAGGACGUCGCUGUGACUGAUAGUGCCAUUGAAAGUCGAGAUGCAAUGUGCGUACAGUAG